UUAAGACGUGUUUAAAGUGUGUCUCUCUCUUUUUUUAGUGUGAUGUCUUUUGUCGUUGACCUUAUUAAGCAUAUCGCUGCCUUACUUGGAUUUUUUCGGGAGAAAGGUAACGAUGAACUUCUUCGGGAAGGACUUUGUGCGUGUACAAGAGCUACUAGGCAUAUUAACAAAGCGUUAAAAAAAGCAUCGACUGUUGCCGAAAAGCAACAAUUACAAGCGGCUCUCAUUAAUGUAAAAACUUUAAGGCAACAAUUUAAAUUAAGACAAAAGAAAGGGGCGGGUCUCAAUAAAAAGAAAGCGACUGCCUGUUCUCGCGUCAAAUGGGAAGAUUUGCACUCUGCUUUCGAUUCUCGCGUUCGAACGGGCGUUAUUAUCAACCUUCAUCAUACGGAUCCGAAACUGUUUUUGAAUGACUGUAAGGCCUUGUUCAAAAGACGAAUUCAGAAUAUGCUGAAAAAGGUUGAUGCCUUGAAGAUUAAUGGUGUGUUUUCUGGAGAGUUUACUAUGAAUAAAGCAGAUCAGGUAAAGAGUGAGUUAAAAUAUUUAAAUACUAAAAACGGAAUAAUUUAUAAAGAUACUAAUUUGGAAAAUUGGUUCGUAAAUAAUAUUCAAGAUAUUUUGUUAGUCGAAUUGGAAGAAUUUCAGGAAAAAGAUAGCGGUUGGGCGUUAUCAGAAAUUAAAAAUUUAACUGUGAAUAUAAAUAAAUAUAAUCCUUUAAGAGCAGGUACCUUUAUCGAUCUUCCCACACAAAUUAAAAGAAAAGAGGCUUGUGUAAAUGUACAAAAUUCCGAUGAUAUGUGUUUUGCGUGGGCCGUACUAUCAUAUCUGUAUCCUGCACCAUCAAAAAUUGCUGAUAGAACUUCUUCUUACCCAGAUCCUCAAAAAGUACUUAAUUUAAAAGGCAUUCAAUUUCCUAUGACUCUUAAACAAAUUCCCCGAUUUGAAAAACAAAAUAAUUUAUCGAUUAAUGUAUACAGGUUGGAACAAUUAAAUAAAUCUUUCAACGUUAUUCCUACUCAUCUAACUAAAAAUAAACUAGAACGGCAUAUCAAUCUCCUUAUGAUACAAGACAAUUAUUUCAGUUCGGAUAACGAGGAGCAAAUAUUUACUCCUGUUAAAUUUCAUUAUGUAUGGAUCAAAAAUUUAUCGCGUUUAGUUUCAAGCCAGAUAAACAAGAAACAUGGAAAAAAAAUUAUAUGUGACAGGUGUCUUCACUAUUUCUAUGAUGAAGACAAAUUAAAUUUACAUUUAAAAGACUGUAUAAACCAUAAUAGUGGCCCUCUUCCAAAACUUCCACAAAACGAUAAAAAGUGGAUUGAAUUUAAAGAUUUUUCAUUUAAAACUAAAGUUCCUUUCACAAUUUAUGCCGACUCUGAAUGCCUUUUAAUACCCACCGAAGAUAACAAAACUAAAAACACUCAAAAAUAUCAAUCACAUAUACCGUUUAGCGUAGGAUACUAUGUUAAAUGUGAUUACGAUGAUUCGCUCUCGUUUUAUAAAUCGUACACAGGACCGGACUGUAUUGAAUGGUUUGUUAAAGAACUGUUUGAUUUCGCCGAAAAUGUGGAAACGGUUUUCCUUUGCGAUUUGCCUAUGGAUCCCUUAACACAACAACAAACGCGAGCUUUUUUAAAUUCUAAAUUAUGUCAUAUAUGUGAAUCUCCUUUUAAUACCGAUGAUAAAAAAGUUAGAGAUCACUGCCAUCUAACGGGGAGAUAUCGAGGUGCGGCCCAUGAAAAAUGCAAUUUAAAUUUUCAAGAUAAACAUAUAGUCCCCGUUUUAUUUCACAACUUUAGUUCGUACGACGGACAUCUGCUGAUUAAGGCCCUGGCAGAAGUAGAAGGAUCUAUUGAUGUAUUGCCCGUCAAUAAAGAAAAAUAUAUAUCAGUAACUAAACAUGUGCCCGGAAAUUUUGUUCAAUUUAGGUUUCUAGAUAGUUUUAGAUUCAUGGCAUCAAGCCUGGAUACUUUAGCUUCUAAUCUAUCGGAAUAUCCAAUUCUAAAGUCGGAAUUUCCACACUUAAACGAAGAACAUUUCAAUUUGCUUACUCGAAAAGGUAUUUUCCCAUAUGAUUUCAUGGAUGAUUGGAAUAAACUGAAUGAAACUCAACUACCUCCUAAACCCGCCUUUUACAAUAAAUUAAAUGAUUCAUAUAUCAAUGAUAAAGAUUAUGCGCAUGCUAAAACAGUUUGGAAUAUUUUUAAUUGUCAAAAUAUGCGUGAUUAUUCAGAACUGUAUAUGAAAGUAGAUAUUCUUUUACUGGCUGAUAUCUUUGAGCAGUUUAGAACUACGUCCCAUAAAACUUAUUGUUUGGAUCCAGCUCACACUUAUACUCUUCCCGGAUACGCUUGGCAAUGUAUGUUAUUUCAAAUGAGGAAAUCUGAUAUUAAAAAACUUGAACUCCUUACAGAUUUGGAUAUGGUACUCUUCAUUGAAAAGGGAAUUCGGGGCGGUCUGAGUCAAUGCUCGAAAAGGUACGCUGAAGCGAACAAUAAGUACAUUCCAUCGUACGACUCCUCUAAAGACGAAACCUAUCUUAUGUAUUUCGAUAUUAAUAAUCAAUACGGGUGGGCCAUGUCACAAUACCUUCCAUAUGGCGGUUUUAAAUGGCUUAACGAAAAUGAAAUUUCAAAUUUAAAUAUUCAGAAUAUUAGCAAUGAGUCAAAUAAGGGAUAUAUAUUAGAAGUCGACCUGUAUAUUCCAUCCGAGGUGCAUGAUUUCUUUUCUGAUCUACCCCCUUGUCCUGAACAUGAUAUACCUAAAGGGUCUAAAAAUUCUAAAUUAUUAGCCACGUUAUAUGAUAAAAAAGAAUAUGUUGUUCACUAUAAAAAUUUACAACAAGCUUUAGCUUUAGGCGUUAGAGUAAGAAAAAUUCAUCGUGUUUUAGAAUUUAAUCAGUCUCCCUGGUUAAAAUCGUAUAUUGAUUUAAACACACGGCUCAGGCAAGCUUCAAAAAAUGAUUUUGAAAAGAAUUUGUUUAAAUUGAUGAACAACGCGGUUUUCGGUAAAACCAUGGAAAAUAUCCGGAAGCAUUCUUCUGUUAAACUUAUAACAAUGUGGGAAGGUCGAUACGGGGCGGAAUCGUUAAUUUCAAGACCUGAAUUUAAAAGCAGCACCAUAAUUAAUGAAAACCUUAUAAUAAUUGAAUUAUCUAAAUCUGAAAUAUAUUUUAAUAAACCAAUUUAUGUGGGAAUGUGUAUUUUGGAUUUGGCGAAAACCACAAUUUACGAUUUCCAUUAUAAUUAUAUGAAAAAAACUUUUUCCGAUUGUACCGUUCUGUAUACUGAUACCGAUUCGCUGAUUUAUGAAAUUAAAAAUCAAGACGUCUAUGACGUAAUGAAACGAGAUUGUUCGCUGUACUUUGACACCAGCGACUACUCUCCAGAUAAUAUUUAUAGUAUUCCUCUAGUAAAUAAAAAAAUUCUCGGUAUGAUGAAGGAUGAAAAUAACGGACGUAUUAUGACUCAUUUUGUUGGCCUUCGAUCUAAAAUGUAUGCAACAAAAUUAUAUUAUACACCUAUGGAGCUAGAACAGAAAGAAAUCGCAUUUGAAAAAAAGGGGGAAGAACAACAAGAAAUUGAAAAUUAUCUGAAAAACAUUGGUUUAACAAAAAAGAUUAAGGGGGUUAAAAAAUCUGUUAUUAAAAAUUGUAUUACAUUUGAUGAUUACGUUGAUUGUUUGAAGAGUUGUAAUGAAAAAAUAAUUUCACAGACGUUAAUACGAUCUAGUAAGCAUAAUAUUUAUACCAUAAAGCAGUCGAAAAUUGGGUUAAGUCCCCAUGACGAUAAGAGACAUCUAAUUAAGGGCUCUGUUCAGACUUUACCGCAUGGGCAUUGCUCCAUAAUGGAUACUUAGUUUAUUAUAUAUGUAUGUUUGUAUGUAUGAAUGAGUACGUGUGCAUGUGUAUAAUUAAAAACAAAUUAUUAUUAGUUAAAAAAUAUAAAAAAAUUAUAUGAAAAAAAAAUAAA